CUUCUUUAAACUGCUCUUUAUUAUUAUAUUGAUAGUAUCAAAAGUAGUAUUUCUCUAGUGGCAUAGGAAGAGAUUUUUAGUAGUUUUAGUGAGGUCUUGAAUCAUAAAUAAAGCAUAUCCAAAAUGAGUUCUUUGAAAAUUAAUGUUGCUAGCUGGAUAAUAGGUACUGGAAGUGUAACAACCACCUACUUGCAUUUCUUAGGUUGCAUAAUUUAACAGGUAGUAAUUUUUUAAUAUGCAAUGAGAUGGAAAGCAAACAUUUCAUUUUGUUGUAUUAGAAGGAAUUAAUAUACUGUGCAUGAAGUAAAAUAAAUAGUUACAGUUAGUAAUAGGGUAAACCAAAAAUAUUUGGGAGUGGUUGAAUUCACCUAGGGUCAUUUCCAAGUUGUAUCUUAGAUAGCUUUAUGUUUUUAUUAACAUUUUUCUGAGGAGGAGUUGUUACUAUAGCAACAUUUGCAAGAUAACUUGGAUUUAUUUUUAGCAUUUAUUAUCUGCAUGUCUACAGCUGCUUUCAUAGAUUUUUGGUGGGAAAUGAAUAUAAGUCACAUUUCUUUCGGUUUAUUAAGCUCAUUUAUGGUACCUUGUAUUUCUGUGAUUUCUUUUUCUUGUUUUCAGAGUAUAUGGUCAGCUAAUGAAUUAGAAUGCAGGAGAUGCUAGUGAGAGCAGCUGCUUUCAUUUUAUUAUUGUGUAUUACUUGAUAAUGCCAGCUAUAUGCUCAUAAGUAUAAAAAAACUGCCAGGUAUUAAUACUGUUCCACUGUUCUCAUUUUACAUGUCACUCAUGAUAUGGAUACUUAGAUGUAGAAUCACCUUUUAAUAGCUGUCAUCAGGGAUUCAGAUGUGAGAUGUGUCAAGAGAUAACUUUAUCUGAAAUCAGAACAGUCUUGGCAAUUUGCCAGCAGAAAAGCAAUCUUCUGGUGAUUGUUGUAGCUCUGGAUUGGAAGAUGAGAGUAGAAUCUUAUGCAGACUCUUAGAUGCUUCAUACUGUGAUCACACAUGGUACUAUAUAUAUCUGCCUCUAUGUAUUGCACACAUUAUCUGCAAACUAUGAUUAAGCAGUACUCCACAGAUAAUUGCUUUGUUAUCACUGCUAGAUGGUUUCAUAUUGAUUAGGUGUGUAGUCUAACAUUGCUGGUGAUUUAUUGUUAAAAAAUAUCAGUAUUUCUCCAUGCUUGCAGAAGUGUAUGGCUAGUAUGGCUUUUUAGAUUAUCUUGUUAAGGUGGCACAAUAAAGGGUAUUCUAGUUAAAUGUACAAGUAGUAUAGUCAAGACAGUCAAAAUCACUACUUUGUGAUUUUGUUACAAUGUUACAAUUUUUAAAAUGUUAUUGCCUUAUGUUUUCUAAGCAAAGUAUCUAUCUUGGAUUAAUAUAUUUGGGGUUUGAGUGUUGGUUUCUGAAAAACAGUCUCAGGCUGUGAUUUCAAGUUUCAAACUUUAAGGAAAGGUUCAAAACUUCUGCCUUGUGGAGCCAGAGAUCCUGUGGUUAAAUCAGUUCUGGUAGUGAUUUGAGUCCAAAUUUAUUGUGGAGAUCUAAAAUGGCUGUGAACACUAGUAGAACAUUUGUUCAUUUCAAAUUAUCUUUUUUUAUCAUAUUAUUUUCCUGGUCAGUGUCUGGAUAAGUGAAUGUACAUUUUGAAUGCUUGCUACGUUGUCAUAGGUUAGGAAAUGUCACCUGCAAAUUCUGGUUGCAAGAGUCUAGCCAAAGCUUCAGGUAUUUUUGAGGAAUCUUGUUGAAAUUCAAAGCCUUGUCCAAGGCACCCUCUUCCUGACUAUGGUUAGCUUUUUGGUUAUCUGGGGGCUAUACACGGCCUGUGUGUCAUGAAUUGUAUACGAAAUUAGAAAAAACUUUUCCAGUUUUUGCAAACUGUCUAUACUGCUUCAUGGUAAGCCAGCAACUAGCCUGGCACUUUAAUAAGUAGUAGGCUACCUUAGUAGAAUUCUCCUGGAAAGUAUGAAGAACUUCACUUCUGUAGACAAGUACAUGUGGAAACCUACAUAAUUAUUCUACAUUGUUCUACAUUGUGACUGUCGCUACUAAUAUAGGCAGGCUUUGUUCAUCUUUUGCCCAGAAGCAGUUGCUUGAGUAGAGUGUGCCUCAGACUAUUCAGAGACCUGCAUUAAUAACUGCAGCUUAGUAAGCCACAUCAAAACUGCAAAUUUGUUAGCAUUUUGAAGUAUUCCAAAGCAGGCAGAACUUUUCUUUGUUUUGUCAAAAUUUUCAUAUUGUAAGUUAUCUAUUGGCUUUGAAGCUGUAUAUAUAUCAGAGUAUUUCCAUAUAUACCAGAAUAUUCCAAUUACCCUUGUUUCAUGGGUCAGGAAGAAUUAAUGAGAAUUUUAUUUCCUAACAUGGCUAUAAUGUGCUUGGUGUUUCCCAGCUACACUGGAAAAACACCAGUGCUAAUUAUGUUUGUGUUUUUACGUGUGCCUAAGUGCUGUUGAGGCAGACAUUAUCAGUCAGAAGUCAUUUUUUGCUCUGUCUUGCAGAUGUGCCAACAUUUCUUCAUAAGUUUGAAAGACCUUCAUGCUUUUAGCAAGAUAAAAUGAUUGUCCAUUAUCUGGUGCUUUUAACUGGUCCCACUGGAUAGGGUAAUGAAUUUGAAACUGUGUUUCACAGGUGACAUUUUCAUCUCCAGUGGCUUUCCUCCCAAAGAUGGGUAAAUAUACCCAAUGUUUUUAAGGAGAAAUAAUAUGAUAUAAUAUCUUUAUAUCACUGAAGAGCUUACUAAUUAUUAUGUUAUCAUUAAUUUGCUGACAAAAAUAUUGGUGCCUUGGGACAGUAGUCUGGAUGAGAUAUAACAGUUUUAUAUACCAAACAUACAGGAGUGACAGCAAACUUUCCACAUAAGAAAAGAGACAAACCUAAUGGAAAAUAACAGAGGACACUAGCACUUUACUGCUUGUAGCUGUUAAGAAACUACACUUUGUAUACACAGAAGCAUAUUGAUUGAUAUAAGGCUACUCUAUAUCCACUUUUGUAUGCAUGCCAUAUUGCAUAUUUGGAUAGGUCAUGCACCAUAUGGACCACAAUCAAAGCACAUGUGAGCAGCUGUUGUUGUUUGUGCUUGAUGGUUAGACAUUUAUAGAUACUGAUAACAUUCAAGCAAACUGUAUUGAUAAUGAAAGUGUUAAGUGAUGGGUUUAAAGAGCUAUUAUUAUUCUUUAUCAUAGUGCAAUUGGGAAAUACAGCGAGCAAUGAAAUACAGUCAGUAGCUGAAGCAGAGAAAAAGAAGUUACAUUAAAAUUAAAAUGGUGCCUGUUAAAGAGCUGUAGUUGCCAGGCUACUGGCACUGCAGUUUUGUGUGUGGUGUGACACAACACUCAGUCUUUUCUCCUGCAUCCUGUAGUAACUGCAUUAUUCUGUGAACAUCAAGGUUUAGUUCCUCCAUAUGUCAGGCAAAAAUGUCACAUGUGAAACAAGUGGGACUUUUAGCUGCUGGAUGUCAGCCAUGGAACAAGGAUAUAUGUGCUGCUAGUGGGGACAGAUUUGCCUACUGUGCUACCCUUGCUGUUUAUAUUUAUCAGCUGGAUCACCGAUACAAUGAAUUCAAGCUCCAUGCCAUUAUGUCUGAGCACAAGAAGACAAUCACAGCCAUAUCUUGGUGUCCCCACAACCCUGACGUGUUUGCAAGUGCCAGUGCAGAUAGUUUAGUGAUCAUUUGGAAUGUGAAUGAACAGAAAGUUGUGGCCAAGCUGGACAAUACAAAAGGAAUUCCUGCAUCCCUUGGCUGGUGCUGGAGUGCAGGUGAUGCAGUUGCAUUUGUGUCCCACAGAGGUCCACUGUACAUUUGGACUAUCUCAGGACCUGACAGCGGGGUAACUGUGCAUAGGGAAGCGCAUAGUUUCUUGUCAGAUAUCAGUCUGUUUAGAUGGCAUCCAAAGAAAAAAGGAAAGGUAGUAUUUGGACAUACUGAUGGAAGCCUAUCUAUUUUUCAACCAGGUUCUAAAAAUCAGAAACACAUCUUAAGACCAGAGUCUCUUGAAGGAACAGAUGAAGAGGAUCCAGUUACAGCUCUGGAGUGGGACCCUUUGUCAACUGAUUACCUUCUUGUUGCUAAUUUACAUAAUGGUAUUCGACUAGUUGAUUCUGAAUCUCUGUCCUGUAUCACAACUUUUAGUUUUCCUAGUGCAGCAGCAUCUGUUCAGUGUUUAGCCUGGGUUUCUAGUGCACCUGGAAUGUUUAUAACUGGAGAUUCUCAGGUUGGUGUGUUACGUGUUUGGAAUGUUUCACGUACAACACCUAUAGAUAAUGUUAAAUUGAAGCAAACUGGUUUCCAUGGCUUGCAUGUGCUAAGUUCUCCUCCAAAAAAAAAGUCAUGUUCAUCACAGUAUCCUACUAAAAAUCACCAUACAUCUUCAACAAGUGAGGCUGUUCCUCCUCCAACUUUAACCCAAAACCAAGCAUUUUCUCUUCCUCCUGGUCAUACCGUCUGUUGCUUCAUGGAUGGUGGAGUGGGGCUUUAUGACAUGGGAGCCAAAAAGUGGGAUUUCCUGAGAGAUUUGGGACAUGUUGAGACCAUCUUUGAUUGCAAAUUCAAACCUGAUAACCCUGAUCUUCUUGCUACAGCUUCAUUUGAUGGCACAAUAAAAGUUUGGGACAUAAAUACUUUAUCAGCGGUUUAUACAUCUCCUGGUAAUGAGGGGGUUAUUUAUUCCAUUUCUUGGGGUCCAGGAAAUUUGAACUGCAUAGCAGGUGGAACUUCCAGAAAUGGUGGCUUUAUCUGGGAUAUACAAAAAGGAAAACUGAUAACCAGAUUCAGUGAGCAUGGAAAGAAUGGAAUCUUCUGCAUUGCCUGGAGUCAUAAAGAUUCCAAAAGAAUAGCAACCUGCAGCAGUGAUGGAUUUUGUAUUAUUCGAACCAUUGAUGGCAAUGUUCUUCACAAGUACAAACAUCCAGCUGCAGUGUUUGGCUGUGACUGGAGUCAAAACAACAAAGAUAUGAUAGCUACUGGUUGUGAGGAUAAAAAUGUUCGUGUUUACUACUUGGCAACCAGCUCUGAUCAACCACUGAAAGUUUUUACUGGACAUACUGCAAAGGUGUUUCAUGUACGGUGGUCUCCUCUCAGAGAAGGAAUCCUCUGCAGUGGCUCUGAUGAUGGUACCGUUCGGAUAUGGGAUUAUACACAAGAUGCUUGUAUAAAUGUUCUUAGCGGACAUACUGCUCCAGUACGGGGACUGAUGUGGAAUCCUGAAAUUCCUUAUCUUCUAAUAUCUGGCAGCUGGGACUAUACAAUUCGAGUCUGGGACACAAGAGAUGGAACAUGUUUAGACACAGUUUAUGAUCAUGGUGCAGAUGUAUAUGGAUUAACGUGUCAUCCUAGUCGUCCAUUUACUAUGGCAUCUUGCUCUCGAGAUUCCACUGUGAGACUCUGGUCAUUGACACCUCUUAUAAACCCUCUACAAAUAAAUAUCUUAACAGACAGAUGUUGGGAUGAUAUUAUUGGCAAUACAGAUCGUGCUGUGGAGUCUGGAGCUCCUCCUUUGCUGUGUGGUAAAGUUUCCAGGGAUAUUAAACAAGAAUUGGAAAAAUUGUCAGGAAGUCCUCAAGGAAAAAAACUAAGGUGGUUUUCAGAAUUUUUUUCACCUCCAGCAGGCAGCAAAAAUUUAUGGGAUUUGGUUGCUGUAAUAAAGGGACAGGAUGACAGUUUGCUUCCACAAAACUACUGCAAAGGAAUUAUGCAUAUGAAACACCUCGUUAGAUUUAGACUGUCCAAGGCACAAGAACUGACAACAGUAAAGAUGUCUAAAUUUGGAGGUGGUAUUGGUGCACCAAGCAAAGAGGAAAGACUCAAAGAAGCUGCAGAAAUACAUUUAAGAUUAGGACAAAUUCAGCGAUAUUGUGAGCUAAUGGUAGAACUUGGAGAGUGGGACAAAGCUCUCUCAGUUGCACCUGGAGUGUCUAUGAAAUAUUGGAGGAAGUUAAUGCAAAGGAGAGCUGAUCAGUUAAUUCAGGAAGAAAAUGAUGAUGUCAUCCCAUACUGUAUAGCUGUUGGAGAUGUGAAGAAACUGGUUUCUUUCUUUACUUCAAGAGGUCAGCUUAAAGAGGCUCUACUUGUUGCACAGGCAGCUUGUGAAGGAAAUAUACAGAUGUUACCACUCUCCACAACAAGUGGAACUUCAAAUUCUGAUGGAAACAAUACAGAUGAUUAUAAUGAUCUCCUGCAAAAGGUCAGUAAAGAACUGGCAGAUUGGUAUUUCCAGGAUGGCCAUGCAGUGCUUGCAGCAUGUUGUCAUCUAGCUGUUGAAAAUAUAGAGCUUGCGAUGGCAAACCUGAUUCGUGGAAAUGAACUGGAGCUGGCAAUCAGUGUGGGUACUGUCUUGGGAGAAAGUGCAGCCCAAGCAACACAUUAUGCCCUAGAAUUACUAGCAAGAAAAUGUAUGGCAGUAAUAACAUGCUUCCCAUCACUUGGAUACAGGGAUUUAGCAGUUGAUCUUCUUAUGAUGAUCCCUGAUAAUAAACUGCAGUUAGUAAAACUAUGUGCUUUUUAUCCUGGAUGCAUAGCAGAAAUAAAUGACCUGCAUGAAAAGUGUAAUCUUCCUGAUGUGGAAGAAUGUAUGCGAGUGGCAGAGACAAUGCAGGCAGAUGGGGAUGUAUUUGAAACAAUAAAGUACUAUCUGUUAAGCACAGAACCUGAAAAGGCUCUCCCUGUUGGCAUUCAGUAUGUGAAAGAACAACUGUGUGGCUCAGAUUGGAGUUUAGAUUCAGUCUUUCCAUAUCUUGAUCUUUUAAGUUACAUACGGACUGAACAGUUAAUGUUGCCUAAGUGUAGUGAAUUUCGGAAUGAGUUGCUGAUUUUGUGUGGUUACAUUGGUGCUUUACUUGCUAUCAGAAGACAGUACAAUAGCAUUGUACCUGCACUGUAUGAGUAUACAAGUCAGCUUUUAAAAAGACGGGAAGUAUCUGUACCUUUGAAAAUUGAACAGCUUUCUGAGGAAUUAGAUGCAUGGAGAGCUUGCACACAAUCAUACAAGCCUAUGGAUGAGUUGCCAUGCACCCCGCCCUCUGAAUCACAGAGAGCGCUGUAUUCAGUACUUGUCUCGCGAAUUCAGGGGGAGCCUCUGAAAGGAAUGGUUGGGCCAGACUGUGUCACUGGAUCAAAUCUUCCUAGUCAUUCAGAUGUUCAUACCUCUUGUUUGACAGGGCUAAAGAUCCAGGGUCCUGUGUUCUUCCUUGAAGAUGGAAAAUCUGCAAUUUCACUGAAUGAUGCUUUGAUGUGGGCCAAAGUGAAUCCUUUUUCACCAUUAGGAACAGGAAUACGACUUAACCCAUUUUGAUUAGGUGUUUCCUCUGUACUUUAUAGUGCUUAAAAUAACACUCUGGGAGUUAAUGCUGAUUUAACCUUGAUUGUCAAAGGACAGAGAGGCAGUAGUUGAUUCCUCCUGAAAGUCAAUUACUUGAACUUUGAAAAUUUUAAAAUGAGAACAAAAGGAUUUCUAUACAAAUGUUUGUUGAGAAUCCAAAGAAAAAAGUUAUUUGAUAAUCCAAAGAAAAAGUCCUAAUUUAAUAUAUAGCCAUGUAAUUUUUUUUAGUAAUAAUAUUGUCAUCAGACAAUUUUUUUUGUCAGCUCUUUGUGAAUAGAUGCUUUGUAAAGUAAGCAACUGUCUACAUAGGACAAAAUAUUGAUGGCAAACUGUGAAACCCAUAAGCCUUCUUCCAAAUAUAUAAUCAUAAAAUGACUUUAUUGACAGCAACUCCAACCUUUUUUUAGAAUGACUGGAAUAUUUUGGCUGUAUCACACUGUCCCCCUUUUUGAUUUGAACUAAUUUUUACACACAGGGUUCUAUACCAAAAGUAAAAUUUAAAGAGUAGGUGUUUUUUUCCAUCCACUUGUAAUUGUGUUUUAAUAGCAGUUCAAAUAGAAGGUUACUUAUGUUUUAUUUAGACUAUGUUUUGUUUAGAUUAUAUUUUUAAACAUUUAUUUAUUUAGAUUAUCCAGAUUACAAAAUUAUAUUUUCUAAUAGGAUCAUAUUUGACAACAUUCCCCAUUAUACUUUCACCAGAGACUAAAACUCUUUAUAAAUUUUUCUGCUUUUUUAACAAAGGCUUUGUAUAGAAUAAACAGCAUAUUUAUUGAAGUAAUUUAAAUAUGCUAUGCACAUUUUAAAAGCUUUUUUUCUCUUUACAUUUUGUAUUAGUUCUAAACAUGCAUAUAAUAUGACAGACCAGAAGUAAGUACUUGUGCAUAUAUAUUUUUAUUUACUAAAUCCGCGCUUAUAUGGAAAAUAUGGCAAUAGAAUACUAAAAAUAUUUAAAAUUUAAAGCUGUGUAUAAUAUGGAAUUUAAUUAUAAGUAAAAUAUUAUACUUAUUAUUCUUAUUAAUUAUUCUUAUAAUCAGAAUUGCUCAUCUGUAGAAAAGAUGCAAUGGUUACAAUACUAUUUAUUAGCUUAACUGACAGCACAUAAGCAGAAAGCUACUUUAUCUGUUCUUACAUUUUUUGCUGUUGCUUUAAAAUAAAUUUUAAAAUUUAUUUAGUUUCCUGAUAGUUACAUUAAAUAUAAAGAGGUUGCAUUUAAAAAUUCGUAGAAUUAUUUCUAUAGCAACUGUUGUAAAACUGGAAAUUGUGUCAGGUCUCUAGCAGAUCCUAUCAGAAAAAGCCUCAAUGUAUAGGUAAACCUUGCCCUUAUUUAACUAUAGAAACAACAAUGCCACCAUGCUGGAAAGGUGGGAUGGAAAUUAGAAAUAAAAUAAAAUCCUGGGUUGGUUUUUUUCCCCUCCCUCUUCAAAAUAGUAAAAUUUCCCUCUGGAAAUAUUCUAGAGUAUUAUUACAGGGCUUCUGGUGUAAAAUUAUAUUGGGUAGAGGGAACACAACUGUUUUGUACCCUAAAAACCCCAUUUUUGUAUGUAUUUGGGUGCUGAACAGAAUCUUUUACUUCCUGCAGGUAUUCUUUGAAAAUGUUUUUCCUUUGUUUACUCCAUGGAGUUUGGAGAAGCAUUUUGUUUCAGAAGUUAAAAUUCUUAGUUUUUGAUAGAAUUUUCCAUCAGUCAGUGUCUGAUCUUGCUUCUGUCAAAUGAAAGACUAUCUGUCUUUUAGCCCAUAAAUUGUACAACCUCGUAUGUAAAAGUUGUUGAUAUAGAGGUGGAGAGCAAACAUGAGAACUGAACGUGCAGCCCUGUGACUGAGGAUUGAGAUCUGAAGCAUUGACUCAACUACCAUUCUACUGUACUUAAAUUUUUUUGUUGUAUCAUAAUGAUUUUUACUAAUAUUUCACAGUUAAAAUAUCUUUAAUAUGUAGUAUAACUGCAUCAAUGUGUUGCACAUAAAUUGUGCCUUAACAUGGAAUUUCGGGAAAAUCUAUUCCCUCUAAAUUACAGGAUUAAGAAUUCUUUCCUUACUAAAAUACAAAAAUUAAGUCAAAGGGCAUUUUUCAUAUUUGGGAUCCAUCAGGUAACAGUCAUUGUGAAUAACGAGUUGCAUUUUCCUUGAAGUUGUUUGUACAGUGGGGAGUAAGAGGAAUAUGCAGAAAAGGUUGUGAUUGUGUCUGCUGUUACAGCUGUGGUUGCAACUGUACACUGGUUCAUCAUUUUUAAUUUCAGUUUGCUAAUAUGUAGCUUUGUUGUCUAGUACAGCAAGUCAAAUACAGGUAUCUCCCCCUUAAUAUUAAAGAAUACUUUGUCUUCAAAAGAC